UGGAAUUGCUCGUCAUAACGAGCGGAGCGGAAAGUUUGUGGAAGUUUGUCUGUGAUCGGGAGGAGGGGCCGGAGGACCAUGAUGAGCUCCGGCGGAGGAGUGGGCUCGGGGGGCGGCGGAGAAGUGGUCUGCUCGGGCUGGCUGAGGAAAUCACCGCCGGAGAAAAAGUUGAAGCGUUUCGCAUGGAAACGAAGAUGGUUCAUACUUCGCAGUGGACGUCUGACAGGAGAUCCAGAUGUGCUGGAGUACUACAAGAAUGAUCAUGCUAAAAAGCCUAUUCGCAUUAUUGACUUGAACUUGUGUGAACAGGUUGAUGCUGGACUUGUAUUUCCAAAAAAGGAGUUUGAAAACAGUUUUAUUUUUGACAUCAAGACUAUUGACCGUAUAUUUUAUUUGGUGGCUGACAGCGAAGAGGAGAUGAAUAAGUGGGUCCGGAAUAUAUGUGACAUCUGCGGAUUUAACCCCACAGAAGAAGAUGUGAAGCCUCACAGUGUUCCUGUCCAGGCUCCCAUGGAGAUUCCCACGGCUGCAGGUUCAGAAUUCUCUACUUCAGCAGGUUCACACCCUGGUCAGCUCCCUCCACCCUACCAGCUGCUCAACGUUCCACCUUUAGAACCUGCCAACAGCCAAGAAGAUCCCCAGGACUAUCUGCUAUUAAUUAACUGUCGAAGCAAGAAACCAGAGCCAACAAGGUCUCACGCAGAUUCAGCAAAGUCUUUACCAUCUGAAACAGACUGUAAUGACAACGUUGCCACUCACAAGAGUUCCUCCUCCCACAAACAUGCCUUAAAUGGAUAUUACCAACAAUCAAGUGUUUAUGACUCUCCAUCCCGUGUUGGCUCCUCUUCAGAGUCUAGUUUUUACAACCUCCCCAGAAGCUAUUCUCAAGAUAUUUUACCAAAAGCUGUGUCUCCAUCUGCUACGGACAUGGAUGCAGAUCAGAGUGUUUUCAAUAUGUCCGGAGCCUCCUUAUUAGAAUCUCAACUAAGACAUAUUGCCGUAAGCUAUGACAUUCCUCCUAGUUCAGGAAGCACUUAUCAGAUACCUAGGACCAUGCAUGAAAACUCAGUGGCGCAGUCUUCGUCAAAAUUAGAGACGGUUACAGAUGUUCCUCCACCUAGGCCGCCAAAGCCCUAUUACUCUUCAGAGCGUUCCCCUGCAGAACACAGCCGCACUGCCUCAGAGACUGACAGCAACUAUAGUGUUCCUACUGGUGGAAUUGCAUCGUCGCGGAGUAAUACCGUUUCUAGCUUAGAGCUAAACAAAUACAGGAAAGAAAUGAGUUCUCAAGAUUUCUACGAUGUCCCUCGUCCUUUUACCGGUGACAGAUCUAGUUCUCUUGAGGCCUUUCAUGGACAUUUUAAAAACAGAAGCAUGUUAACAGGAAGUUUUUCAACUGAGGAAUUAGAUGAAAACUAUGUUCCAAUGAACCCGAAUUCACCUCCUCGACAGCAUUCUAACAGCUGUACAGAGCCCAUCCAAGAAACAAAUUAUGUACCUAUGACUCCAGGCACAUUUGACUUUUCUGCAUUUGGAAUGCAAGUUCCCCCUCCAGCACAUAUGGGCUUCAGAUCCAGUCCACAGACUCCGCCAAGAAGGUCCGUUCCCUCUACAGACUGCGAGCCUCCACCCGUUGACAGGAAUCUCAAACCAGACAGAAAAGGUCAAAGCCCUAAAAUUUUAAGAACUAAACCUCAUGGUUUAGAGCGGACAGAUUCACAAACCAUAGGUGAAUUUCCCAGAAGAAGAAAGGUCAAGCCAGCACCGCUGGAAAUAAAGCCAGUUCCUGAGUGGGUGGAAUUACCUGUACGAUCCCCUGUGACUAGAAGCUUCACAAGAGAUUCCUCCAGGUUCCCCAUGCCUACCAGGCCAGACUCUGUUCAUAGCACAGCUUCCAGCAGUGACUCUCAGGACAGUGAAGAAAACUAUGUGCCGAUGAAUCCAAAUCUGUCUGAUGGUCCAUGUUUGUUUGAAAGCAACAGCCUUGAUGGAGGAAAUAGCCCCAUGGUGAAGCCUAAAGGAGACAAGCAAGUGGAAUAUUUAGACUUAGAUUUGGACUCUGGCAAAUCAACACCUCCAAGAAAAAAGAAGAGCAGUGGCUCUGGAAGCAGUGCUGCAGAGGAGAAAGUGGAUUAUGUUGUCGUUGACAAGGAGAAAACCCUCGCUUUGACAAAUACCAGGAAAGCAUGGACUGAUGAAAGACAGUCAACGGAAUCUGAAACCCCAACCAAGAGUGUCAAAUGAGGUUUUUAGCAUGAACACUCUUGCAAGCAAACCCUGCCAGAAACAGUGCAAUGUACUAUGUCUAAUUGCGCAUAUCUAGGAACUUUACAGGUGACUUGGUGAGACAGAGACUGAUUAGUGCACUGUGGAGUCUAUAUCACUCAUAAAUGAAUGUACAUACUCUAUCAUGGGAAACCAACAAGGACCAUUUGUUUAACACAUUUAGCCAUGUUUUGUAGUAUUACUAUGUUUUAUGCACUUUUUGUGGUUCGAACAAUGGUUCUUGUUCCUAACACAUUUUGCUAUUAACGCAGAUAGUUUUAUGUCGUACACUAAUACAACUAAAAGCUGUAAGAAUUUUAACAUGGUAGAUUGGCCACGAAUGCAUUGCAGUGCAUGGUAGCAUAACAAUGGCCAACUAUUAUCAAAACAACGAAUUGUAAUUAUUGUAUUCUCUGAUUUAUGACUUUUAUGCUUUCUUUUUAUUUUGUUUAUUUGCGUGACAAUUAUGUUUUAGAUUUCAGAGAUUAUCAGCCUUUUGUUUUUUAAAGAAUGGGAUGUUCAUUGCUGACUUCAUUGUAUUGUCUUGGUCUUUGAAACUGCAGAACCAUGUGCUCUUUUUAAAAUGAUUUUUUUUUUUUAUACAGGCAGUGUAAUUAUCUAGUUGGCUCAAUGAU